AUGCCCCGCUCAUCGAAGAGGAAGUAUGAGCGUUCCUGCUCGUGUAAAGCAGGCGCAGUUGCUUUGACCAGCAGUAGUACUAUUAAGGCAAUGGGGACGACCUCAGAGAAAGCAUCUGCAUCCUGCCCUCUUUUUUUGAUGGAUCCAAUCCUAUCUAUCCUAAGCACGUAGCCCCUUUACUUCAAGAAUAGGCACAUCAGUCAAUCAAUCCAUCAAGCACUUCCUUAGAUCAUCAAAUCCCCUUAGCUUCUUUUUCUCGUAGGGAGGAAAAUAGAAGCACGCAUCAAGGGAUGCUGUUAGAUCAUCAUUCCUGGGCCUCGGCUUCUUUUUCAAGCGGAAAAUGAAGGCACCGCCUGCGUCGUCUCAGGACAUUUACAUCGCGUCUCAGCCGUCCAAUGAUACCAUUACAUCGCUCAACACCACAGUGAUUAUAAAGGCUGCGACAAACAUCAUGCUGAUAGAGUCUGAGUCCAUAGGAGUUACGCAACGCGCAUCGCGUUAAUUUAAUCAACACAGUGAUUUCUCUCUCUCAAAAUAAGAUAAAUGCUUCUAAUACUGCUGUUUCUCUGGUAGGGCAGACUGUGGUGGUCUCAGGCAAGAAAAAUCUUCGUGGUUCCGCGUCAUUUUGCCAGUCCUGUGGAGAGUCUGCAGGUACGACUAAACAGGUGACCGCGAAAGAGGAACAAGAGGCGAUCGCGGCAAAGGCGAAGGGGCAAGUGCCGGCUAAGGCAGAGGCGAAGACGGAACCGGAGAAGGAACCGAAGAAGGAACCGAAGACGGACGAGGCGGAUGACAGGGCCACGGUAUAUGCUUUAAUGGUACGUGGACUGCAAUGUCUAAGAUUUCAUCACUAGACUUCGUCAAGAACAGUUCUACUUAUUCUUUUAACACAAAAGGACCAGAAGAUGAUAUUUGGUUUUUCCCACUCAAAAUAGACCACUCCACAUAUACAAACUGGAGACUUAACCGCCGGGGGUCCUAAAUCUACUGGCGAGCUAUACUUUUUAGUGCUGUGGCAGCACAGUAGGCUGGCUCGGCAGACCCAGGUCUUUGCCGGCGCCGGUCGUUGCACCUACGGCCCAUAAGUUUGCCACGGAGCGUGGCGGGAGGCCUUUACCUCCCCAGAGAGAGUUGCGCACCAGCGUCCGGGUGUCGUGACCCCUGUCGCGGCUCGGCCGGUGUUCGUGCACCGUCGCCCUACGAGUCGAUCAACCGGCACCCGCGAAGUUCCGGGUGCUCGCUCUUCGCGUCGGACGCUUUGGCCCGGGGCGCUUUGGCCCGGGUGCGCGGCUAAUCCCUCGGCAGUAGCAGGCGUUGUCCCCCCGCUGGGGAACAAGGUCACGCUGAACCUCCAGCCCGCGCUGUCGGCCUACUACCGGGGCUUGAGCUCCCGCUCAGCCUCUGGUCUCGGUUUGACUCGUGCCAUUGGUGAGUGGACCGCUCCGAGCCCUUAUCCUUUCCUCACCGGCACCUUCCUCCGGAGACCCCGACCAGGCUCCGGCUUCCUGGUGCGGACUUGAGUCGGCGGCCCGAGACUCGCAUCCGCCGUCGAGGGGUUACGGGGACGUGUGCCGGCCUUUGCACAGGUUUGCGUCAGGACCUCCCGCCGGCCAGCACCCGCGUCGGUGGUGUGCCGGGGCGGCUGCCGACCUCCACCGCGCUUGUCACUCCCGUGGGAGGGACGAACUCCCGGAGCGACAGCGACAGCAGGGGCCGGCAGGCGUUCACAUAGUUCAGCCAGCCAUAGUCGGGCACCAGUGGACUGCUGAACCGUCUGCAGCUGUGGGAUGGUGUUGAUGAACAGUCUGUGCUUGCCGUUUCUGGUCAUGUAGUCUGCCAGGUUCCAUUCGGGUUUUAUGUAGACGCGCCACGGCUUGACAUUGUUAUCGUACCAGUGAUUGACUACGUCUACCGCGGUGUUUGCCACCACCGCGGAUUUGCCACUGCAUUUGAUGAAGCUGUAAAGUGCUGGCGUGUUGUCGAUCAGCACUACGAGGCCGGAGUUGCUGGCCCAACUCGGUAGUUGCUUCGCGGCGAGGCCUACCGCGGCCGCCUCCAGUACCUCUAUCCUGGCGGUGGCCCAUCGCCCAUCUGUCAAGGGCUGCAUUUGGAUGAGGGUCUUUCCGCUGUGGUGGAUCAUGACGUAUCCGAGCGUCGGUUCGCCGUUUGGCCCGCCAUCUGUUGACGCGUCCGUGAGCAGGAAGCUCAGAGGCUUCGCGAUUUGUUCUAGCCUGAGUCUGAGCCUGUUCAGCUUGUGGGCCAUCUUUUCGAUGGCCGCAGUGGAGCGCAGGAGGGCUCUCCGUUGCCACCGCUGCUUCGCCAACUUGUCAACAGUGGCGUCUUCUGUCCAUGCGUAAAGAGACCUCAUGAUCUCGUUUCCGGCUCUGUUUGCCGCGGAUACGGUGAUGAAGUUUGCCAGUCCUAGCAGUCGCUGGACUACCUUUUUGUCCAGCUGUCCUGCGUUGACCUUUUGCCGGAGCUCGUUUGCGACUUCCGCGACUUGCUGGAGCAUGUUGUCUGGCGCCACAAGCACAACAUCAAUUCCCGUUUUUGGGCUUGUGUCGUAGUGGAGACCCAGCAUGCGCACAGUAGGGCUCUUUCUAGAGUCCUGCUGUGCUGCAGCUUUUGUCGCGAGCUCCAGCCCCAGGCAGUCGCAGAGGGCUUCGCAUGCCUCUAUCGCCUCAUCCGCUCCUUCUUCGAGACUGAGGAUGAUGGCGUCGUCGAUGUAGAAUGGCACUACUGUGUGCCCGAGCGUGGCCAUUAUUUUCAUGACCAGCUCCGCCACUCUACACCAGCUGCUGACGCUGAAUUUGUUCCCCAUGUUCAGUAUCGCUGCGAGGAACAUGCGGUAGCGCCCCUGGGUGUCGUCCCAGACUCCCACCGGGUUUUCCUCUGGGUGUUUUGCCCCUACCUGGUAGUAGGCCUUGCUCCAGUCUCGGAGUGCGAUGCAAGGCUUUCUACCUGCCGGGCGGGUUUUCGUCCUCUCCUCGUUGAGGAGCCUCACCUGCUCGCCGAGUUGGCGGCUCUCGCAGGUGGCCGUGGCUUCGCCUGCGCUUGUUUUUGCGCGGAAGUCUGCGACCUCUUUAGCCACCUGGCCGCAGAUAUCCGUGGUGAACUGUGUCGCCGGCGCGUGUAGGGUGAGGCCCUCGGCGCCUGCAGGCGCCAUGUAGCUCUUUACAAUCUCCAGGACCGUUCGCGCCCCGUGGAGCCUCACCUUUUCCGACAUUUUUGAGAAGUCGUUUUUCCACCGCUCGCCGAUUAUCGCGCGGGCCUUCUCUGGUUCGACCUUUGGGAAGGCGUGCGCCGGCAUGACCUUGAGGCCCGCUGGGUUGAUCUCUUUGUAUCUGCCCAGCUGGGCGUCUGCCUCAAUGUUUUUGAGGACUUGCCGGAGGGCUUCUUCUGGGAACCCCUUCGGGGGCGCAUCGCGGAUUUUUACCGCGGUGCUAUAGAAUUCUUUGAGGUCCUUUGCCUCCGCGGCAUUGAUGCCUGCCUUCCAGAGGCCAGCGCUCUUGUGCUCUCCUAUUGUUUGAAAUCCAUGGAGGAUGUCGUCCGGUAGUGACGUGUCCGGGUGGCCCGUCAAUGCGAUGAGUUUUCUCAUUGCGAUGACGUUCCUCGUUUUGGUUGUCUGUAGCACCCUUUUUAGGUGCUCUGGCGCCGUAGCGUUUAUUAGGUCUGCACUUGCCUGCUCCGUCUGCGCUUUCAGACGCCUGAGCAAGGCGGUGGCUUGUUUCCUUCGCUUGGCUACCGCUGCUGGCUGUAGCUUCUCGGCAGCUAUCAGCUGUUCCCAUUCGAGUGGUAGCUUUUGGCCGUAGGUCUCGAAGUGUAGUUGUGCUCGGACCCGAUUGACGAAGUUGCAGACCGCGUCAUGGAGCUCGCGGCAGUCUUUGCCGUGCUCCGUUUCCGCUUGGCUGACGUGUAGUGGCGUAGCAGUCGCCACUUUUUGUGAAUAGGCUUGGUUGGCCCCUGGGAGGAUUUUUUGUCGACUGUCGUCCAGGAACCUUCGAGAGAGCGCAUUUUCUAUCUCACCUAAGUUAGCUCACCAGUUAGUAUAAUCACUUCCCCCGCAAGCUCCUCCAGUGCAUAUACAAACUGGAGACUUAACCCCCGGGGAUCCUAAAUCUACUGGCGAGCUAUACUUUUUAGUGCUGUGGCAGCACAGUAGGCUGGCUCGGCAGAGCCAGGUCUUUGCCGGCGCCGGUCGUUGCACCUACGGCCCAUAAGUUUGCCACGGAGCGUGGCGGGAGGCCUUUACCUCCCCAGAGAGAGUUGCACACCAACGUCCGGGUGUCGUAACCCCUCUCGCGGCUCGGCCGGUGUUCGUGCACCGUCGCCCUACGAGUCAAUCAACCGGCACCCGCGAGGUUUCGGGUGCUCGCUCUUCGCGUCGGACGCUUUGGUCCGGGGCGCUUUGGCCCGGGUGCGCGGCUAAUCCCUCGGCAGUAGCAGGCGUUGUCCCCCCGCUGGGGGACAAGGUCACUUUGAACCUCCAGCCCGCGCUGUCGGCCUACUACCGGGGCUUGAGCUCCCGCUCAACCUCUGGUCUCGGUUUGACACGUGCCAGCGGUGAAUGGACCGCUCCGAGCCCUUAUCCUUUCCUCACCGGCACCUUCCUCCGGAGACCCCGACCAGGCUCCGGCUUCCUGGUGCGGACUUGAGUCGGCGGUCUGAGACUCGCGUCCGCCGUCGAGGGGUUACGGGGACGUGUGCCGGCCUUUGCACAGGUUUGCGUCAGGACCUCCCGCCGGCCAGCGCCCGCGUCGGUGGUGUGCCGGGGCGGCUGCCGCCCUCCACCGCGCUUGUCGCUCCCGUGGGAGGGACGAACUCCCGGAGCGACAGCGACAGCAGGGGCCGGCAGGCGUUCACAUAGUUCAGCCAGCCAUAGUCGGGCACCAGUGGACUGCUGAACCGUCUGCAGCCGUGGGAUGGUGUUGAUGAACAGUUUGUGCUUGCCGUGUCUGGUCAUGUAGUCCGCCAGGUUCCAUUCGGAUUUUAUGUAGACGUACCACGGUUUGACAUUGUUGUCGUACCAGUGAUUGACUACGUCUACUGCGGUGUUUGCCACCACCGCGGAUUUGCCACUACAUUUGAUGAAGUUGUAGAGUACUGGCGUGUUGUCGAUCAGCACUACGAGGUCGGAGUUGCUGGUCCAACUCGGUAGUUGCUUUGCGGCGAGGCCCACCGCGGCCGCCUCCAGUACCUCUAUCCUGGCGGUGGCCCAUCGGCCAUCCGUUAAUGGCUGCAUUUGGAUGAGGGUCUUCCCGCUGUGGUGGAUCAUGACGUAUCCUAGCGUUGGCUCGCCGUUCGGCCCGCCAUCUGUUGACGCGUCCGUGAACAGGAAGCUCAGAGGCUUCACGAUUUGUUCUAGCCUGAGUCUGAGCCUGUUCACCUUGUGGACCAUCUUCUCGAUGGCCGCAGUGGAGCGCAGGAGGGCUCUCCGUUGCCACCGCUGCUUCACCAACUUGUCGAAGGUGGCGUCUUCUGUCCAUGCGUAAAGAGAUCUCAUGAUCUCGUUUCCGGCUCUGUUUGCCGCGGACACGGUGAUGAAGUUUGCCAGUCCGAGCAGUCGCUGGACCACCUUUUUGUCCAACUGUCCUGUGUUCACUUUCUGCCGGAGCUCGUUUGCGACUUCCGCGACCUGCUGGAGCAUGUUGUCUGGCACCACAACAUCAAUUCCCGUUUUUGGGCUUGUGUCGUAGUGGAGGCCCAGUAUGCGCACAAUAGGGCUCUUUCUCGAGUCCUGCUGUGCUGUCGCUUUUGUCGCGAGCUCCAGCCCCAGGCAGUCGCAGAGAGCUUCGUAUGCCUCUAUUGCCUCAUCCGCUCCCUCUUCGAGGCUGAGGAUGAUGGCGUCGUCGAUGUAGAUUGGCACUACUGUGUGCCCGAGCGUGGCCAUUAUUUUCAUGACCAGCUCCGCCACUCUACACCAGCUGCUGACGCUGAACUUGUUCCCCAUGUUCAGUAUCGCCGCGAGGAACAUGCGGUAGCGCCCCUGGGUGUCGUCCCAGACUCCAACCGGGUUUUCCUCCGGGUGUUUUACCCCUACCUGGUAGUAGGCCUUGCUCCAGUCUCGGAGUGCGAUGCAAGGCUUUCUACCUGCCGGGCGGGUCUUCAUCCUCUCCUCGUUGAGGAGCCUCACCUGCUCGCCGAGUUGGCGGUGCUCGUCGGUGGUUGUGGCUUCGCUUGCGCUUGUUUUUGCGCGGAAGUCUGCGACCUCUUUAGCCACCUGGCCGCAGAUAUCCGUGGUGAACUGUGUCACCGGUGCGUGGAGGGUGAGGCCCUCUGCGCCUGCAGGCGCCAUGUAGCUUUUUACAAUCUCCAGGACCGUUCGCGUCCCGUGGAGCCUCACCUUUUCCGACAUUUUUGAGAAGUCGUUUUUCCACCGCUCGUCGAUUAUCACGCGAACCUUCUCUGGUUCGACCUUUGGGAAGGCGUACGCCGGCAUGACCUUGAGGUCCUCUGGAUUGAUCUCUUUGUAUCUGCCCAGCUGGACGUCUGCCUCAAUGUUUUUGAGGACUUGCCGAAGGGCUUCCUCUGGGAAACCCUUCGGAGGCGCAUCCCGGAUUUUUACCGCGGUGCUAUAGAAUUCUUUGAGGUCCUUUGCCUCCGCGGCAUUGACGUCUGCCUUCCAAAGGCCAGUACUCUUGUACUCCCCUAUUGUUUGAAAUCCAUGGAGGAUGUCGUCCGGUAGCGACGUGUCCGGAUGGCCCGUCAAUGCGAUGAGUUUUCUCAUUGCGAUGACGUUCCUUGUUUUGGUUGUCUGUAGCACCCUUUUUAGGUGCUCUGGCGCCGUAGCGUUUAUCAAGUCUGCAUUUGCUUGCUCCGUCUGCGUCUUCAGACGUCUGAACAAGGCGGUGGCUUGUUUUCUUCGUUUGGCUACCGCUGCCGGCUGUAGCUUCUCGGCAGCUAUCAGUUGUUCCCACUCGAGUGGUAGCUUUUGGCCGUAGGUCUCGAAGUGUAGUUGUGCUCGGACCCGAUUGACGAAGUUGCAGACCGCGUCAUGGAGCUCGCGGCGGUCGUUGCCGUGCUCCAUUUCUGCUUGGCUGACGUGUAGUGGCGUGGCAGUCGUCAUUUUUUGUGACUAGGCUUGGUUGGCCCCUGGGAGGAUUUUUUGUCGACUGUCGUCCAGGAACCUUCCAGAGAGCGUAUCUUUUCUCUCACCUAAGUUAACUCACCAGUUAGUAUAAUCACUUCCCCCGCAAGCUCCUCCAGUGCAUAUACAAACUGGAGACUUAACCCCCGGGGAUCCUAAAUCUACUGGUGAGUUAUACUUUUUAGUGCUGUGGCAGCACAGUAGGCUGGCUCGGCAGACCCAGGUCUUUGCCGGCGCCGGUCGUUGCACCUACGGCCCAUAAGUUUGCCACGGAGCGUGGCGGGAGGCCUUUACCUCCCCAGAGAGAGUUGCGCACCAGCGUCCGGGUGUCGUAACCCCUCUCGCGGCUCGGCCGGUGUUCGUGCACCGUCGCCCUGCGAGUCGAUCAACCGGCACCCGCGAAGUUCCGGGUGCUCGCUCUUCGCGUCGGACGCUUUGGUCCGGGGCGCUUUGGCCCGGGUGCGCGGCUAAUCCCUCGGCAGUAGCAGGCGUUGCCCCCCCGCUGGGGAACAAGGUCACUCUGAACCUCCAGCCCUUUGGGCCAUCCUUUCUCGACGCCUCCUUGGUGCGCCUUCCAUCCUUUUCCCGACGACUGGAGGUUCAGAGCCGCCAGGUGCGUACGUUUAUUUUUUGUGCCCGGUACUGCUUUGAGUGCCCCUGAGCCGCUGCUACUGGCGCUCUUUGGCGCUAGGGCCGUCACCUUUUUGGUAACGGUAUUCUGUUGAUUCCGCCCUUUCUUCUGUAGUUUCUGCUUGGGGGUGAUCUUGAUCGUCCGCUUGGCCAAGGUGUCCUCUUGGACCGCCUUGGGCUGCACGAAAUCGCGCGGGGGCGGACCCCCCCCCGAGGGCCACCGCCUGCGCAAUCCGUGCAGCGGGAUGAAUUCCGAUGCCUCCCACGUUUUGUGGUCGGCUGUGUACUCGUCCCACAUUUUGCUGGACUGUUCCCAGCCCAUGUGGGUGAGGAAUUCGUCCUCCUUCACGGAGAUUCUCCCUUGCUCCCACUCGCGUCGCGUUGCCAGUGCGAGUCCCCUCCUGCAGCUGUGCAGCGUGCCGCUAAUUCCCUUCUCUUCCGGUACCCCCGGAAGCCCGCCCUUUUCGCGCUCCUCUUAGUGAGCUGCGUUUAGGUGUGGGGUCGCCACAGACUACCCCCUGGGCGAUUGAAGGUUGGAGCCGUUGGCGAUGCUCCGUAAAGCAGCCCCCCUCCCUUAGUAGUUAACCCCCCGCAGUAGCCCCCGUAGUUGUAGUAGCUUUCGUGCCGCUGUAGCUCUUCGCCCUCGUCGUCUUCUUCUUCAGGCUCCCAAUGGCUGCAGCUGGGACAUCCUCCCUCUUUGCGCCGCGGGGUCUCUGGUCUGGCUUCUUUGGAAAACUUAAGUUGAGGCAAAUGGUGUCCCCAUCUGCCGUGUAGGUAUCCCCUGCUCUACCGGGGGGGCAGACUAAAGACUAGCGCCUGGGGGUCUUGUCAGGGUUGUUUUCUGGCGCCGCUUUAGUCUGUUGGUGUCCCUCAUAGUUAUUAGUAGUGCCUGCGGCUGCGGUGUGGAUGUGGUGCCUUUCGUUGCGGAGCAGAUGGCGCUACGCUGCUUGGGGUUUUAGCGCCUCUAGUUGGUUGCUCUCCCCCGUUAAGGCUUUUCUGGAGUUAUGGCUGUUGGCGUGGUAAUACGUAUAGCGCGACUGCGAGCGUCAUUGCUCUAUGUUGCUGCUUUCGUAUAAGUUGGGUGACACUACUGCUGAGCAUCAGGCAGUGCCUUGGCUUGCGUGCGGGUCUUGGCUUUUCUUUCUAUAGCGACAGACGGACUGGCACUACUGCUGAGUAUCAGGCAGUGCUAUUAGUCUUCGGGCUGUAGCUGUUGGCAAAAAAUAUGGAUAGGCACUACUGCUGAGUAUCAGGCAGUCCUGGGAAGCCCUAGGCCAUAGUAAGCAUCUGACUCCCUCCGGGUGGACGGGGUGCGACCUUUGGUCUUGUUUGGUUCGCUUUGGUGUCACUGUUUCAGGGCCCAUAUGCGUGCCUGCUUGACUGUAGUGGUGGACCGACUAUGUUUCUCCCUUCGCCAAGCUACUUAUCUUGGCCUUGCCUAAUGGGAAAUCAGACAUCAUAGCAGCGCCUUCGCCGUGCAUCGGGCAAAAGCGACUUCGUGCGCCAACUGUUUUUGCGUUGGUGUCGCAGUUGCAGUGGACUUCUAUUAUCCUACCGCGUUGUUUGCGGAUUUUGUCCUCGGAUAUGUGGAUGCGCCACGCGUCUCCUUUUUUGGAGGUGUCCGCGUCGUCCACAGCCGCGAUGCUGUCGCCCCGCAAUCCCGAUAGCGCCCAAAGGAGGACCAUUUUUGGUCUUUCGCCUUUAGCGCCGCGAGCUUCGUGCCCGGUAGGAAAGGCUUUGCUUUCCUCGGGUUGUGGUCUUGGAUUGUUCGUUCAGUUGCCUUUUCCACGUCCCCGAUGUACGUAGCGCGACGGCGAGCGUCAUUGCUCUAUGUUGCUGCUUUCGUAUAAGUUGGGUGACACUACUGCUGAGCAUCAGGCAGUGCCUUGGCCUUUGGGUCUUGGCUUUUCCUCUUAUAGCGACAAAAGGCUGGGCACUACUGCUGAGUAUCAGGCAGUGCCUCGGUCUUCGGGUCUUGGCUGUUGGCGAUAAAGGUUUGGCACUACUGCUGAGUAUCAGGCAGUUCCCCUGAAGCCCUAUGCCAUAGUAAGCAUCUGACUCCCUACGGGUGGACGGGAUGCGACAUUUGGCCUCGUAGGUUUCGCUUUGGUCGCACAGCUUCGGUAGUGCCCUAUAGUCUGACCUCUUGGCUGCAGUGGUGGAAGAGCAAGCUUUUGCCGAUGUUUCGGAGGAUGGCGGGGCUUUCGACUAGCCGCUGCAGGUCGUCCGUGGGUGGCGGUUCUACCAGCCACAUGAUGAUGCUGGAUGGACGUAGUGCUUCACCCACUAUGUUGAGAACCGAAAGCAACAGGCCCGAGGUCCCCCUCGCGACACUGCCACGUCGGAGACGCAACACACUCAAAGAGUAGGGGAUCCACGCCCUGAACCCGGGCAAGGGAGCGCACAAGGUGAGUUGCCUACUUUUUCUCUCUACAUCCAGCACAUGAUGAUGCUGGAUGUGUACUGCGCGACUGAGGUGUAUUCCUUGAACACUAGGAAGGCGGCGAAUCUUUGCACCGCCUCCGGCCUCAAGGGUAGCUUUUCACCCUUGGCCGCUAGCCAGUCGAGGAAGAAGGCGACUCGCGACUUUUUGUUCCUAGUCGUGGAGUCGGCUUCUCCCAUGGCGCGCAGCUCGUCGUCGUUUAGAUCGGCGGCUUUGCGCAAUGCGUCCGCCCGUUUCGGCAUUUAUUUUAUGUCAUUUUAUUAAUUAUCUCUCGCUGUUGCUCCUUCUAACGUUCUGUCUAUCUAGUUAGUUUGUUCUCUCGUCUUUACUUGCUUCUUUAUCUAGGCUGGUUCGUGCGGCUGCUUAGGCGAACCUCCGCCAUGGGUCUUGGCCUCCUGCCGUAUCUCAUGAAGUGGCCUCCCCAGCGCUAGAUCUUUUACUUACUCGUAACUUCUUCCCUCUCUGUUUUCCCUCUCUUUAGCUUGACGAGAUGUAGCUCGUCGCUCCCUCGGGCACUGCGCUGCCGCCGCCGCGUUUUCGCUUUCGGCCACCAGUCGUCACGGGUGGUUUGAUUUGUUUCAUCCCUCUCAACUAGAGUGCUUUUUACUCUGUCAAAAAGGAAGAAGUUAAUGCUCCGCCACUAAAUGAAUAGUGGCCCGGUGCCCCUGGUAAUUUGACCAGGGGGCUUAUGGCGAAUGCUUUUGCAUUCUGUUUUUCGAGGAUUUGUUGUCCUCGAGGCCGGUAGCCUUUUUCUUCCAGCUAGUCGCGUUCUAGCUUGUGCGUGGCUCCUUCCACCACACCGCGAAGGAGCGUUUGCUCCCGACGAGCUCCUUCACGUCUUUCCCCAGGAGGAUUUUUCCCUCCACCACUAUCGAUUUAUCGGCGUCGAUCGCGUGAGCGGCUGUUUUUGCGCUCGUUCGGCCGCUUCGAUUUGUUACGGCCACGAUUGUCGUUUUCGCGACUGUCGUUGCAUGCGGUGCCGGUGUCCCAGCGGAAUCGCGUUUGCGUCGCUUCGCUGGGGUCCUUUCGGUUGGCGGCGUGGUCGGCCGUUUUUGGCCUUCAUCGCCUUCAUCGGCUGGACUUUCGGUUUUGCGAAGUCUUUCGGGUGGCGGGUUGCUUCUUUGUCCUUCGCUGCCGCUCGUUUUGCCGCUGUGCCGGUUGGCUGCUGGUUGAUGUCCCGUCCUGCCAGCCGGGCCGAGAAGAGGACUUCAGCCAGCUCUUUUUGCGAGCGGAUCACUUCUGCCCGCGUUCUCUUGGCGAUAGUGAUGCCUGGGGGAGGACGGUUGCGGUCGAUAUGGUGGUGGUGUGUGCAUUCCAGGCGUUGAGCGUCGUUGCGACAGCCUGACUGCACCGCUUGCGCUUUGUGCGCGUGGAACCAGUGGCAUACCGCCGGCGGAAGCAUGAGCCCCAUACUUUUCAGGGACUUCAAUGCGGACGGCUCCACUAAACCGGUUUGAGGGAAGUACACGUAGUACGUCGUGCGUGUUCCUCCCUUCGCGUUUCGGCGCUCGGCUAGCACCACGUCGACACGUUUGUCGAGGCGGCGGUUGUGGACUGGGUCCAUGGCCGGGUUGAAAUCUGUUUUUUCCAGAUCCAACCCCUCCAACCAAGUGUCGCUCGGCAUGGUUGUGCCCAUGUCGUCGUCCCCGCCGCUGUCGGCGUCGCUGCCGAACGGGUUUUGCGGGCCUUCGCUCGCCGAUCGCUCUCGCGAUUCGCUACGGCGGCGGCUGUGGCUGCGAGAGCGCAGUGUGACUGUCACGCGUUCGCCUCUCGGCUUGCCUAAGCUCGCCUCCGCGUCUCGCAUGGAGAACGUUUCAUUUUUGAUUUCCUCCAUGUUCUCCUUGAAGAACGCUUUUUGGGCGGGCGGUUUGAUUUUUCCCCCGUCCUCCUCGUCAGUGUAGCGCGCUUCGUCGAUGAGGUUGAGACCGAAGUGGUUGCACCAGGCCAGCAGGUUGAGCAUGUAUCUGCUCACCUGCCCGGUCUCCCAGCGCUUCAUCUUCUGCUGGAGCGCGUCGAGGCUGCGGGAGCCUUCCUUCAUGAAUCCCAAGAAUGCCAUCAUUUUUUUGAUGGCGAUUUCUGGGAAGUUCUCGCUGAACUCGGUCAUGAAGUCGAAGGGCUGCAGGUCGGUGGCGCCGUUGAUGGCGCUUUCCACGCGGCGCAGCGUCUCCCAGCACUGGCCCAGGUUGCAUCUGUCCCAGUAGUCAGCCGGGACGCUGGCGACGACCUGUUUCCGGGCCAAGUUCUNCACGUGGCUCGCCUGCUUCGAGGCUUUUUCUCCGUUCGUGAAGAAGCAGCUUUUAUAUUGCUCCUGUGCGUCUGCGACUUCUUCGCCUGGUGUUAGGACGGAAGGCCAGACGACUUUCGCCUCCGUCUUCUUCUCGACGCCGUUGACGCGUCGGUAGACGAAGAAUUUUUCUCCUUCGCUAGCCGGGCGCGUGUCGUCAUAGGAGAGGAUUUUGCCCUCUCCGCUGCUGUUCAAAGCCGUCGCGAUGGCCUUCGCGGUCUUCUUCGCGAACGUUUUGAACAGGGCCGCCGUCUCCGGCGGCUCCUCUGAGGACUCUUCGCUUUUAUUUGUCGGCGAAGUCUACGGAGUCCUCCUCCUCUUUCUUUUUGGCGUCGAGAUCCCCCUUGCGCUGCUUCUCCUCUUCUUCGAGGAGCUUUCGGUCCUCCUCCUCGUGCGCCUUGCGGACCGACGUCCACGGUGUUUUGGCCGGCUUCGCGUCCCAGUCGUUGAGCACCUCUUUGCUGGUGCGCUCGAUCAGGUAGCGGGCGACCACCUCCUUUUUGGCGGUCUGCGCCGGCACUUCCGCCGGGUUCAGCUGCGGGCUAUCCUCCCGGAACUUUCGUUUUUCGGCGAGCUUCGCGCCGGCUUCAAGAGUCUCUCUUUUAGUCAGAGACUUCGAGGCCCAGGGUUCCGCCGUUAGUUCCUCGUGGUAUGCGCCCAACCACAAGUGGAACCACAUCAAGGCGGUGCCCUGUUCGGUUAGGGUUCCAUCUUCCCCCACGAAGCGCGGGCCCUCCAGGUCUUUUUUGACCGUGUCGAUGAAUUCCGUUUCCGGAAGUUCGCCGACCAUCUGUCGGAGUGCCGCAAUCCAGUCCUGGACGUUUGCGCAGAGUAUGAGUUUCUCCUCAUACUGCGUCUUCUCCUCCAGCUGCUUUUGCAGCGCCUCCAUGGCCUCCGCCAUGGAGGGGCGAAGCAGUGAUCCGUCGAUCUGUUUCAGAAGGGCUUUGCCCUUCUCGUCGACGUCCUCGCUCCCCACAGGAUUUUUGCCUGUGUGGAUGGCGAGGUCUCCGACGCUUUUUGGGGAGGUCGUUUUGUUUUUUGUUUUUGUAAACACCAGAGUGCGGGGGCACUGCUAGUUACUAGUUUCUAGAUUGCGACUAUACGCGCACAGAAAGUCCCUGGAUUUUUGGGAAAAAGAAAGACUUUUAAACCUGCCCAAGCUAGAUUUCAGCUUGAGGCUACGAAAAUGUGCUGCCACAAGCGCCAAACCCCCGCGGCGAUUUUUGCCCCGCGAGGGGAUGGCGCGCCGCGCGCGCGGCGGAACUCGAUUUUUACGAGCUCUCCAGCACCCCCCACUGGGCGCCACGCGCCUGCCCACCGCACCGCCGGAGGGCGCGUUGGCCCUCCCGCGGCCUACGCGCGAGCGCUUUGGCCCGUGCGCCGGCAGCCCGCUCCGCUCCGCUCUGCUCCGCUCUGCAUGUGAACUCCGCCCCGUGGGUGUAGCAUUAACGCUCUCACCCGACCGCACCCGGGCCUCCUGUGGAGGCGCGAACCGAGGUUCGCCUUCGCCGGGAUGCGCCAUUGCAUCGACCAGCGGCGUCGCGCGUGAGUGCAUUUUUUGCACCGCACACGACGGGGCUCGCGGGGCCCGUUGCCCCCAACCCUCUCCCUAGUUGGUCCCUCAGCCGACAUUUUUUGUCGACUGUCGUCCAGGAACCUUCGAGAGAUCGCGUCUUUUCUCUCACCUAAGUUAACUCGCCAGUUAGUAUAAUCACUUCCCCCGCAAGCUCCUCCAGUGCAUAAAUAGCUACGAAAGAGGUGCCAUGACAUGACACCCCGCCUCCGCUUGUUUUCCUUGAAAAUGGGCCUCCACGUGCUUUCUUCAAAAAUACAGCAACUCGAUGAGGCGAUGCAGCCGCUGAAGGAAAUGGG